AUGGCAAAUGGUGGUACAAUAAUGAAAGCUCAAGUUCCAUCAUCUGUUAAUCUUGAUCUGUUCAAUGAAUUAUAUACUGAUGGCAGACGUGCAGUUGUUGUUAAAUACCCGAAUGGUGAUCCUUCAACUCAAGGCUUAUAUGCAAAAGAUCCAGAUCCUUCUCGAAAUGGUACAGUGUUUCCUUAUUUCCAACUUGGUUUAGGUGGUGGUGUUUCUGUUUUCAAUCCACCUAGAAACUUUUGGUGUACAGCAUCACCACUGACUGGUAGCAAUUAUGCUGUUCCUCGAGGUUUCACUGUGAAAAAUGGUGCAUUGUCUCAUAUUGGUAAUUGGAGUAAGCCAACGACUGGUUUUGUGCAUGGUUUUCAUUUCGGUUAUUGGGGUAAUUGGGUAUUUGAAAUAGCGUCGAUUAAUAGUACAAAAAACACAAUCAUGUUCGGUCGAGGAGGUUUCCAAAAAGCACGUGGUUCGGGUAGUGGUGGUGCAUUUUAUGUCGCAAACAUUUUUGAAGAGGUCGAUUCACCAAAUGAAUGGUUUUUGGACAAAGAUACGCGUACUCUCUAUUUUAUGCCAAACGAAACAAUGCCUCAAGUUUUUGUUGCCAGUCAAAUUCCAUGUCUCAUUUCUAUUAGCGGCAGUAGCAACGACAAUACUGUUCAUGAGGUGUUGAUUCAAGGUUUAAUACUGACAGAGACAAGUAAUACAUAUAUGAGAGAUUACAUGGUACCAAGUGGUGGUGAUUGGGCUGUUCAUUGGGGUGGUACCAUGUAUUUGACAAAUACGAGAAACGUUACUAUUACACGCAAUUUAUUCACACAAUUGGUUUGCAAUGGCAUCGCUUUCAUUGGUUACAAUGAUGCUACAUCGAUCACUUUAAAUGAAUUCGUAUGGUUAGCCGAUUCAGCGAUUAUUCUUGUUGGCAGCACGAAUGAAAUCGAUGGUUUUAGUAUGACGAGUCAGCCUGUCAAUACACUCAUACAAUCAAAUCUUAUUCAUGAAACGGGUAUCUAUCUCAAACAAUCAUCUCCUGUACUGAUUUCUGUGAGUCGAAGCGUGUCUGUUAUUGGCAAUCGCAUGUUUAAUAUGCCACGAGCGGUUAUCAAUGUGAAUGAUGGUUUCUAUGGCAAUCAUACGCUCAGUUGGAAUGUCAUCUUCAAUACUGUCUGA